ACGACAACUCUGGCAAAAUUUCUCUAUCUGUAUCUCUCCUAUUUAAGCAAGAACAUCUGAUAAGGACGGGUUUGUUCAAAAUGUCUGUCGUUACUUACGUGAUUACGUGCUUUGCUGCGGGCAUACUUGUUGCCCGAGGGUGUGAGGACGGCUUCGUGAAACACCGUGAGAACUGCUACCACUUCAGCCACGAUACGGAGACCUGGAUCAACGCUCUGACGGCGUGCAGGGUGAUUUACAAUUCUCAGCUUGUGGAGAUUGUGGACCCUGGAGAGAACGCAUUCCUCGUCAACGAGUCCACGCUACGGCACAUGGAGUACUGGAUAGGAGCAGACGACCUGCGGGUGGAGGGGGAGUGGAUGUGGGCAACUUCCGGUGACCAGGUGUCAAACAGGACUUCCGGCAACAGGAUGUUCAUUAGCAACAGCGCCAACAACGAGAAUUGUCUGGAAAUAAAUGCUGGCAGCUGGAACGAUGAUCGCUGCGAUAAGAGUCAGCACUACAUUUGCCAGAAAUCGGUCCAGGAUCCCACAGUGGUCGGAUAAACGAAUCGAAAACAAAAUUUCGAUUCAGAACCCAGAUGAAUGCAUAGCACCUUCGCUUCACCGACUUGAUGUUAUACAACAGAAACACAAUAUUCUAUUAAACUUGCAACUUGAA